CGAAUAUUAUAAGAUUAACCACAACCCCACAAUCAUAUUCGACCCUGGACGCUUUCACUAUUGCCAUCUCUCCCCUGUGUUACCACCGUCGUUCUUAAUAUCAACUUCGUGCUUUCCACCAACAACCCCUUCAUACCAGCAAUACUCUAUAUCUGAGAACGAUGGCGGCCCUGCCAGUCAAACUGCCCAAAAACAUUUCGGAAUGGCAGGAACAAAGCGCCAAAAUGGGUCUGACAGGCGAAACCAUCCACGGAGCAAAACCCGGUUCUGCCUCCAAGUUCGAAUACGACGACUUUUUACUGCUCCAAGUCAUAUGGGUGGAGCACAAAAUCGAAUAUCUGAAUAAGUUGCUGCCAGGAAUGACUGAACAUAUCGAAAAGGCAAACCAGAUGCUGAAAAGAUAUAAGUCAUGGGGCGCCUACUGCCGCGGAUUUGACGGUGGUAAUAUCAAUGAAGGAACAUUUGCGGUUGCACGCCACUAUCAGCUAGAGGUCUGUAACACCGACGACUCUGCGGAACCAGAUGCCUUGGUGACGCCCAUCGCACGACGAACUCGAGGCCAGCUACAUGAGGACAUGGCCGCGAUGAACAUCGGCACGCCCACCAGAAGCAGCGGGGUCGCCGAUUCAAUGGAGGCCCAAGAACUGGGGUUGGUCAUGGAUGAUGAUGACUCUCUGCUUGAUUACACUCCAAGUCCAUUCCGUCCAAUGACUCCAGUCCCGAAAGAAAUGGCGAGCGUGCUCUACCCUCCAUCCCUGGACGAACAGAUUGUGAAUUGUGCUUUAGUAAUUUUCCUAAACGCACUGACCAUCCAUUUCGACAUCAACAGUACCUGGACCCUUCAUAGAAAGGCAUUCAAAGCAGUAUUUGAUGGCGCUAGCUUCGAGGCCAGGGUCGAUGGAUAUCUCAACCACUGCGGCAAUCCCCGGGUUAUUAUCGAGGUGAAGCCCGCGAGUCGAUCCAGCAAGGAAUUUUCCAUACAAGUCCAGGAAAGUGCCCAGGUAGUCGCCUGGAUAAAAAGCGACGCCAACAAAGGCCAUCACGGCAAAAGACUCCGCCUUCAUCUCGCCCAGGACCGCCAUGAGAUCUAUUUAACAAUUGCUGAAUAUGACGAGGAGUAUGUCAAGUACCUAAACGACAAGGAUUCCCGCAGCGGUGCAUCUUUCAUGACGAUGCACCGUUUUGGCCCGUUUGAUACGCUUGAUCGCCAGCACAUACAAAAGGUGGGACCUAUUUUGUUAGCUAUAUCUCUGUGGGCGGGAUCGGAUACGUGGAAACAAUAAACUACUCUGAUAUGGGGCUGUAAUUAGAUACAGCGAGUUCUUCAUA